GUUGAGCUGCGCGAGGAGCCGGGCGGUGGCUGGGGCGGGCGGGCAGGCCCGACCCGAUUUCCCUGCCGCUCCCCUUGCCGCUUGGUGAGUGGGCAUGUGAAGCCGGGGCCGGGGCCGGUGGACGGCCGCUAGGAUUUGCAGGAGGAGACUGGAAGUGUUCAUCAGACCCCAGAGGGGACCAACAAAAGGCUGGAGACUGAACGCUGACAGAGGCAAAAAUCUGCUAACUCAGGGGGCAGACUGCACCAGCGCUGCGAGCAGGCCUGGGGAAUGAGCCCCCGAUCUCCCGACGGUGCCUCCUGCGGCUGCACGGCUGCCUCGGGCUGUCUCUGCCUCUGCUCCUGGCGCUGGCUCUAUCCCUCGCUAGGGUCCCCCUUCCCUGUGCCACAUGGGCCCUCUGUUUUCCACCAGGACCAUGAGGCUCUGGGGGCCUCGGAGCCUGGGGGUGGCUCUGGGAGUGUUCAUGACCAUUGGAUUUGCCCUCCAGCUCUGGGGGGGCCCCUUCCAGAGGAGGCUCCCUGGGCUGCAGCUCCGACAGCCCUGGGCCCCAUCCCCACGGCCAGCUGUCUCGUCCUGCCCACCCCGGCAGCGACUCGUGUUCCUGAAGACACAUAAAUCCGGGAGCAGCUCUGUGCUGAACCUGCUUCAUCGCUAUGGGGACCGCCACGGGCUGCGCUUUGCCCUCCCCGACCGCUACCAGUUCGGCUACCCAAGGCUUUUCCAGGCUUCUCGGGUCAAAGGCUACCGCCCCCAGGGCGGGGUGGGCACCCAGACCCCCUUCCACAUCCUCUGUCACCACAUGAGGUUCAACCUGAAAGAGGUCCUUCAGGUCAUGCCUUCGGACAGCUUCUUCUUUUCCAUUGUCCGAGACCCAGCGGCUCUGGCCCGCUCUGCUUUUUCCUACUAUAAAUCCACCUCAUCGGCCUUCCGCAAGGCACCGUCCUUGGCUGCCUUCUUGGCCAAUCCUCGAGCCUUCUACCGAUCUGGGGCCCGUGGGGACCACUACGCCCGCAACUUACUGUGGUUUGACUUUGGCCUCCCCUUCCCCCCAGAGAUGAGGCCCAAGAGAGGGAAUCUUCAUCCCCCCAGGGACCCCAAUGCCCCCGAGAUACACAUCUUGCCUUCUGCCACUGGCCCUCGAGCCCAAACCAUAGACCCCAAUGCUGUCUUCCAACCUGUUUCCACUGUUGCUGAUGGCCGCGGUCAGACAGGCAGCCCUGCCUCUUUAGAUCUGGGGUCCUCGUCCUUCAUCCAGUGGGGUCUGGCUUGGCUGGACUCCAUCUUUGACCUGGUCAUGGUGGCUGAGUACUUUGAUGAGUCAUUGGUUCUGCUGGCAGAUGCCCUGUGCUGGGGCCUGGACGAUGUGGUGGGGUUUGUGCACAACGCCCAGGCUGGAGGUGAGCAGGGUCACGACACCGUCGGCAACAGUGGACUGACUCCUGAGGAUCGGCAGCUGACCGCUCGGGCCCGAGCCUGGAACAACCUGGACUGGGCUCUCUACGUCCACUUCAACCGCAGUCUGUGGGCCCGGAUAGAGCAGUACGGCCAGAGCCGGCUGGAGAGCGCUGUGGCCAAGCUCAGGGCUCGCCGGGAGGCCCUGGCUAAACACUGCCUGGAAGGGGGUGAGGCUUUAGACCCCAAAUACAUCUCUGACCGUCGCUUCCGCCCCUUCCAGUUCGGAUCAGCUAAAGUGUUAGGCUACAGACUUCGCAGCGGACUGAGCCCUCACGACCGGGAGGAGUGUGAACGCCUGGCCACCCCGGAGCUACAGUACAAGGACAAGCUGGAUGCCAAGCAGUUCCCCCCGACAGUCUCCGUGCCCCUCAAGGCAUCACGGCUGCUCUCCCCAUAGGCAUCAGCCACAGACGGCAGCGUGGAAGGGCAGCUGUGCUGAGGGGGGUCAGAGGCGGCUCUAGGGACUAGGGGACUUUGUCCGGAUGCCUGCGGGCCUUUGCCCCUGGACAGCCCGCGGCUGGGCUCCCCUCCCCUUCCCCUUCCCAGCCCCAAGGCAGGUCCGUGUGGUGCUCUCCAAAGUCCCCCCCCCCCCCGCCCCGGGAGGAGCAAAAGUGGAGUGAGCCAGAGAAAGUGUGGGGCAUGGUGAGUCGGAAACAGAAGUCCACUUCUGUACGAGGUAUUUUGUUACUGAACUGUUUGUUCCUUUCACUGCCAAACGUUUGUUGAAUGAAUAAAUAACUUGGAACUUCCA